AUGUCCAACCCAAACCCCCCAAACAACAUAACCGUCGCCUCUCUCCCACCCGAAGCCAUAGCCUUCGCAACCAAAAUUUACGACGCAGCUCGAAACGGUGAUAUUGAGAUUUUCGAACAAGCGUUACCUGCUGGCUUACCGGCCAAUAUGACGAAUGAGAAGGGCGAUAGUCUUAUAAUGCUAGCCGCCUACCACGGCCACGCACCUCUCGUUCAACUUCUUCUCCAACACGGUGCCAAUCCCAACUCAUUAAACGAUCGCGGACAAUCACCUCUUGCAGGCGCGGUAUUCAAAGGAGAGGUUGAAGUAGUCGAGGCAUUACUCAAAGGCAACGCCGAUCCAGAUCAUGGAUCUCCAAGCGCAAUGAAAGCUGUGGAAUUGUUCAGGCAAGAAGAGACGUGGGCGCAGAAGUUUGCGGAUGCGCCGGGGAGAGGAAAGGCUGUGUAG